AUGGCCGAGUUCGACGCCGGCGUCGGCCGGGACCGCCUGGUCACGGAGUCCGACAUGCGUGACCUCAGCUACCUCAAGGCGUGCAUCCGCGAGGCGUUCCGGCUACACCCGUACCACUCCUUCAACCCGUCGUGCGUCGCCAUCGGCCAGAACCCCAGGGCGUUUGACGAUCCGCUCGAGUUCCGCCCCGAGCGGCACCUGCUACUAGCGGUCGGCAGGACGGCGAGCGGCGUCGUCGUCUGGCUCGUCGAGCCCAAGCUGUGGUUCAUCUCCUUCAGCACCGGCAGGCGGGGGUGCCCAGGGCUGUCGCUCGGCACGCUCAUCACCGUGAUGCUGCUCGCGAGGCUCCUGCAGGGGUUCCACUGGAGCAAACCGCCAGGUGUAGACAGGAUCCAGCUCCGGGAGGCCGCCGCGAGCCUUGUGCUGGCCGACCCGCUCGUCCUGCAGGCGACGCCACGGCUGCCGGCGCAUCUGUAUGAGAGUGAGACCCAGUGA